AACUUGGUUCACGCUGUGUCGACUAGAGAGGUGUUAGUUCCUGAUCCUGGAAUUUAUCUGAUUUGUGUACGUCUACAAGAUAAUGGCCUUCCAUCGCUUAGCAGUGAGGCUUCAUUUUGGCUGCGCAUUGCUCAGCCGGCCAGCAAGGAGGAUCUGUUGCAUGAUUCGGCCGAAGGUGGCAGCUCAUCUGACUUUAGCCAACCUUUCAUCCAUCUCCCCAAUGGGCGCAGUUCCCAUUUACCAGAAGCUCGAUUUGGCUCCAGUGAAGGCCUUGAUGCUAGCCUGACAGGUGUAACGGGCAGUGACAAUAGCAACGCCACUCUUCGAUCAGGGAAACGGGGAAUGAGUGCGGUAUUUAAUUCCAAUACUCGUCUGGAUGAUAGUUCCCUUAUAACUAGUAAAAUUACAGGACUGAGCAUGGCCCGCUUCUCUUUAGGUGAUACACUAUCGAGUGCGAUAGUCUUAGUUCUGGUAAUCGUGUUCUGCGUGGCCUUAGCUUGCGCCCUGGUGGCUGGAGGGCUUUGGAUACGCUCUCGACGACUAGCAGUCUAUAGACUACGAAGACACCAGCAGCAAUAUCAUCAACGACAUACUGAGAAAGAUUCUUCAGCUAAACUUCAAACAACGCAUAACUUGAAUGUAAAUGAUGGUAUAAUUACUGAGACUGGGAGUAUCGAAAGAGCGGGUAGGGAACGAAAAGGCGAGGAUUGGGAUAACUUAAAUGAACAGGCUGAGCUAAAGUUUGAAUUAAACAAUUCACAGAAAAGAAAUGGGUCGAAAAUGGGCGUAAGCACAUCUCAAAUCUAUGGAUUAUUGACUUCCACGCCCUUCGAAGCGGACGCCACGCAGCUGGAAAUAGAUCCAUUAAUGCGUGUUAAUAGUUUUAGAAACUCGGCUAGUUCAUUUGAAAAGCAAAAUGAUCUCGAACUUACGCGAGAUUACUGCUCAAUCAAGACAGUAACACUUCCAACCUCUAAAACUCAGCCAACUGUUUUUUUAUCCACCACUGCUUCACCACCGAUGGCAAGUAAUUCUUACGUAAACGCCAGCAGCAUUUCCUCAACUAACCGUGCACAUUCUAAAGCAUCUGAAUUGGUCUGUCUGCAGCAGUUGUCUACAAUUUCUGGAGCAAAUCAAGAGUUAUUAAAUACCAGAGAUAUGUCAUCCCUUAUAGGACAUACAAUUCAAUCUUCGUGUUCAUCUGGACUUUCCCCAGCUAGUCUUGUUUAUGUAACCCUUCCUAAAAUGGCAGGUUCAAUAUGCCCUGGAAUCUAUGCUGCCUACCCUGAGGGCCUUUCUACGGCGCUCUCUUCUUCAACUCUUCCUGCAACAACCCCGUUUUCAACACCUCCUCCUUUGAGCACUGGGGCCUCUUGUUCUAAAACAUCGGAUCUUGCAUCUUUAAGCACUCCCAUAUCGGCAAUAGAUUUUGGUUUGCACGGAUCUACUCCUAUCGCAUCGCCCAGUUCUAUCUCAGAACAGAAAUUGAGUUUGUAUUUUGACCCAUCAACUGGUGGUAAUGUGAGUUAUUUACAGGACUCAUCUGAGACGGACAAGACUGAUCAAUCCAAUACAAAUCCUCUCUUUAAUCUUCAGCAACCCCAAUGCAUCCCUUCUACAAUUUUGAUGCCUAAAGGCUUGCUCGACCUUCAUUUAAUACAAGCUAUUUCAACACCUGAGGCACAGUCUCCUCAAAUGCCCUCUACUACUAGCCUUCAGUCUAAAUUUGCUGUGCAGCGCGCUCGUAAUAUGGAUUUAAAUGAAAGAGAUGCCGGUAUAGAUGAAGAUUCCUCUCUUCUAGUAGCGAAUUGUCUGAACAGCGAAUCUCAAAAUUUUAUUGCUGUAUCUCAAGUAAGAAAUUUACCUUUAAUUUGA